UGCUGACGUCAGCGAUCGGUCGGCCGUGCGGGGUGCGCAGAGCCGCUGGCGCACUUGGCGCGCUACGCUCGCCCCCUUCCCGGCUCGGGCUGUGGCGCGCCCUCUCGCUGGCUGGCUCUCACUUCAAUUUUUUCUCCCCUCCAUCCCAGCCUCUCUCUCCCUCUCUCUCCCCCCACUCGAGCUCCCGGCUGCCAGCGGCUCCCUCGCGCUCUCCCUCUCUCUCCCGUAGGCUCCACCGUGCGAUGAGAGCUCUGGGAGCGAGCGACACCGCCUUCCGCUAGAGACCUGUCCCCCGGCCCGGCCCCCGGCCCAGCGAGCGGGGGUCGUCGAAAGCGCCGCGGACGCACCGACGGCGGAGGACCCGCGAUGCGCAUGCUCUAGCAGCGCCCCUAACUCACUCCCUCCGCACCCCACCCUCCGCCGGCUCCGGCUGCGGAUCCUGCCUCGACUAUUAUUUUAUUUAUUUUGGGUCGUGCACAAGCCUCAGUGCCUGCAACCCGCGUCUCCUCGGACCGCGGGCACCUCUUCCCUCGGCUCCGAAGCCCCAGACCCUGGCCGCCCUCGCCUCGACACCCCCAGAGCCCCGCUAGCUGCCACGAGCCUCAGUUGCUGGAAUCUUGUUAACGGCUGUCUUUUGGGGGGGCUCUGGUUUACCGACAUUUUUGUUUUCAGCCAAGAGGAAGAUAUUGUGAUUUUUUUUCCCCUUCGAGCCCAGGCUCUGCUCUUUGGGGGUCUGGGGGGCGCGCCGAGCCGGGAGCCGUGCCAGCCGAGUCUUGCGGGCUGUGGCAGGGAAGGGGCCACCACCAUGGAUGUACUGUUGAGCGCAGAGGAGAGAGCCGCCCUCCAACGGAGCAAGGCGAUUGAGAAAAACCUCAAAGAGGAUGGCAUCAGCGCCGCCAAAGACGUGAAAUUACUCCUACUGGGGGCUGGAGAAUCAGGAAAAAGCACCAUUGUGAAGCAAAUGAAGUCAGUUCUCCUUGGGUCUCGGGGACUUGACAUAUGCCACAUCUCCCAGCGAUUGGAGAGUCUCAGUGCGGACACUACCUUUGAGCCUCUUGAGCCUGUGAAGCACACAGACAUUCAGGUCACUUCUCCUUGGGUCUCAGGGAUUUGACAUAUCCCACAUCUCCCAGCGAUUGGAGAGUCUCAGUGCGGACACUACCUUUGAGCCUCUUGAGCCUGUGAAGCACACAGACAUUCAGGUAGGGGCUGCCAGGCUCCAGGACUGGUAGCGCGUUGAGCGUGCAACCCAGGCUGAAGGCCCUGGCCCUUUGUUGACCAGCAGAUUUAGGAAUUUUAGAUUUAGUUUAAUUCUCUUCUUCCUCAGAUAUUAAGAGAUGGGGAGGCUCAGCUUUGGAGGUAUAGUUAUUUUGGGUUAUUUUCAGAGUGCUGUGUGAGACUGAAUUUAAGAAAGCAAUUCCAACCUGCACUUUUAGAUCAUUGUAAUUAUGAGAACAGAUUUCUCUUCCUUCUUUGGGCUUAAUCCAAGGAACAGAGACAUUAGUUGUAAGUUCCUCUUGCUUUCUUUGCUAGUUCUCAAAUAAUUGUACUAUUUGUUGUCCACAUUUCUGUAUCUUGCUUGUACUAGCUGGCAAAGAGCUGGAGAAAACUUAGAGUGCUAUUUACUGAAACCUAUUCAUCAAUUUCUAGGAAGUACUUGGCUGCGUUAGUGGCACCAGGAAGUAGUCUAAUAGAGCACUGCAUUCUCAUUUAACCUAACAUGCCGCUGGCACAAUUGAUUGCUAGUUUAAUCUAAUCAGAAACUGAUCAGGGUGUGUGUGUGUUUGUGCAUGUGCGUGUGCUUAGGCAUGCGUGCAUU